AUGCCCGGGGCUCCUUUUAGAGUUCAGAGUAUCAAAUUUAAAUACAUCUGGAAACGAAGGCUUGCUUGGGGUCUGGGUGGCACAACUGGCAAGCACACCACACUUCAAGAGGAGGCUGAGUUCAAGCCCUGCCCCAGUAAUGGAGUUGGAAAUAGCAGUAAUACAUUUAUUCAGUAUCAGCAACAAAGACCGCACGUUCCAGAUUUAACAAGUUUGCAGCAAAAGUUGGCACAGUUAACAACAUCUGGUAAUAUUUGUUUGCUACCCAACACUAAUGUCUGUUUAGAUGGCAUAUUAGGAGAAUGCAGUCAGAUUAUUUCCUCACAGAAUAUACAAAAUCUGAGCUCAAACAUAAUUAAUUCUCCAAUCUGUCAAGCAGUGGAACAUGUGAUAGAACAGGCAGAAAAUGUUUCAGAAACCCAAACACCGUCUUCACCAAAGCAUCAAAUCUCUAGAUCUGCUGUUGAUUCAAUAACAGGAAAUUGUGGUUCUUUAUUUACAACGCAUUCUUUAACUCAUUCGCUUUAUUAUUCAAUUCCCUUGAAACUUACAAGUGGUCAACAGGAAGGAUCAAUUCGUAAAUUAACAGUUGCUACAAAUUUAGAAGAUCUAAAAUUAGAACUUCAAAAAUUGCAUAAUAGCAAUAUAUCAUCUGUCAGUUUAAAAGCUAAUAUUGAACAAGGACUUCAAGCUAUAUUUUCACAAACAGUCCCUGCUCAAACAAUUACAACUCCUGCUCAUUCACAACCUCAAGUUCUUUCUUACGUUCAGCCUCCGUCAAUUCCAAUUUCACAAAUUUCUGGAUAUGGAGUACUUUCUGAUUAUCCUUUAGUGCAGUCUUCAGAACAUUUCCAAAAUGCUUUGGAAGCGUCAUCAAUAUCGUCCAGUACAGUAAUUACUCCGUUAUCAGAUAAUAAGUCGUCGCGGUUUCACGUCAUAGCCGUUAAAGACGAUCCUCUGAAAGAAUCUAUGCAAUUCGAUCAUUCCAUUUAUAGUAGGAGAGAUGAUUACCAAGAUGCAAAGGGACCAAACGAAGACUCCCUGACGUCAGUCAUAAAGACAGGAAGAUUCCACGUUACCACGCUGAAGGACGAAGUACCCCAAACGUCUCAGCAUAAUAAUAAUACUCUUCAAUGUGAUGCCAAUGCCAAUUUAAUUGAAACAUCCAAAAUACUUCGAGAAAAAUCUAGUCAGAUUCCUUCAAAUAUGUUAAAGCGCGAAGAGGAAGUGCGAUGGGAGGAAACACAGGUAGGCCACCACUCUUCUUUUCUGCCCGUCGGUCCCUGCACCUUUUCUCCUUCCCACGCAACCCUCCGAAAAGUAUUGGAGACGCCAGAAUCCGUCCCACUCCACCUUCUAGCGCCCACCUUUCCAGCGGAGGAGACCUGUUGGGAAGAAGGUGUCCCCUUUCCCUACCCAGACCCCGGUAAUUUCUUGGAAAAACCGUGGGAGACAUCCUUGGAACGGGCCUUGGUGUGCAUGAUGCGAGGAAUUUUUGCCAGGCAGACGGAGCUCGGCUGGCCCCUCCCGCCGCCACCAAUUAGAGUUAAAGAGGCUGGUGUUCAGACUGAGAAACCCGCAUUUAGAAAUGCGGGGACCAGCAUGAUACGACACACCCCCGCCGAGGUCGCGGGCUGGCAGAAAAGUCAGAGUGAAAGGUGUGGUGGGGGUGACGGGAGAUCCGGUGGAGGUGCUUGUGUUUCUCUUCCAUUGCACAGUUCCGGUCACGAGCCACGUAAAACCCGGGCGGCGGCCAGGCCUGCGACUGCCGACGACGUAACCUCCCAGUCCGGCCACAAAAGCGUAUUGGAAUACGGGCGAAGUUUGUCUCUGGGCCAGUUCAUGACCGCUUUGGCUGGCGAAGACUGUGGGCCUGGCCACCGAGAGGAGGCUUCCGUCUACGACGCCUAUCUUCAACGGCUGCUGAUCAGACAAAGGAGAGAAAGGGAGGAGCUGGAGAGACGUCACAGGAGGGAACUCGAGUCCUUUCGACGGGAACGACGCUCCGAAGAACUCGACGCUCGACCCCUUCCCGAACCUCCGCCGGGAUGCUCCGCCUCCCACGCCCGUCCCCGGGCUUCCCGGCCCGACCGUCUGACCUUCGAAACCUCUUCCGGCUCCGUCCUUUCCGUCGGCGGCCGCGCCUCCGCCCCGGCCGCGGAAGGAGCGGGCGGCCCGUGGGAGAUCGAUCCCCCCUCUUCACCCGCUCGGACCGGCAACGCCACCCUGACCGAAGACCUGCUUCGGUUGGUGCGGGGCCUGGGAGCCGGAACGGAUCCCGCUCCCGGGGGCGGAGGGCGGAGCGUCACCCUGGACCAGAUGAAGGAGAUGCGACUGACGGAGACGCCGCCCCGGAGCCUCUUCUCUCCCUCCUCCUCUCCCUCGGCCGGAAGUCGUCCCUUCCGCCCGCCGGGUGCCCGGAGCGAGGGGGCGGCCGUCAGCUGGAGCACCACCGAUCGACCUUACGUGGCCUCUUCCGCCUCCUUCCGCUUUCCCGCCCGCCGCGGGCGGUGACCGUCUUCCGGCGGCCGGGGGCGGGGGGAGGCGGGGCCUCCGCCGCUCCCGGUCCGAAAAGGAGGAGCGCGGUCGUCGGACCUCCCCCUCCGGCAGCCGCCGCGCUCUUCUCGGACGUUUUUUUCUCGCGCGGAGGCGACGCGUCUCGGUAGACGGCGCGGCCUCCUCCGACGGUUGGCUCAAUAAAGUCUUUGCUUACGUAAUCCGAGUCCGACUCUUCCUUUGUCCCGUCGAUUUACACGCGAAGGCGAAAGCGCGAUUUGUACUUUGUCACUUUUACGAAUAGACGGCGAUUUAAAAAACCCGAUAUAUACAGCAGUUACCACGUUAACGUUGUUUUUGUUUACCUUAUGGAAAUUAAAUUCUGUAUCUGUAUUAUUUUCAAUACCGAUCUUUCUUUCGCGCUGCCAGUCGAGACAAAAACGUUUUCGUCAUUGGCUGGCUCUUGCCAGCGCACUUACAUUGGCCGACGUGAAAAUGUUUAACUCUCUUCGCCAGGCGCUCUGACGCUUCGCUUCCGACGUAAAUCGCUCUCGACGAUAGCGUUUCCGACGGCGACAAGUUUUAAGAAGGGAGAGGCCUAAACCCCGAGCGGAUGGCUCUUCUUUCUUUUUCUCUUUUAUUGCGGACGGAGGCGGUGUUGAAAGGUUUGCCGCCGACCGGGAGUAAACUGACGCGACCACCGCCGUUCGGUAGCUCGGCGACGAUAUCGUACCAGCGACCCGUUUGGGGGAAAAGAGCGUCGGAAAGCCGAGAGCGGGGACGACCGAAGUUCCGGUCGGAAUAUUUGGCCACCGAGCGCGGACGGAAGGGGCGUACUAAAAGGUAUCGAAAUUUCGGGUAACGUAGGCGCCGGCUUCUUUCCGUCCGCCGGGUUGGUGUACGUUCGUCUUUUCGGAGGUGGACGGGCACGCUUAGGUGGUUUGUGACGGGAGUGGGUUUCGGCUUCUUCUUCCGGUUUAUUUUCUUGUUUAUAAAAGAACGCCGCCUCUUCGAACGUCUACGGAGGAAAACAGAAAAGAAUCGACAAAUAUUACGCCGGAAGUCGAUGGACAAAGCCACGACAAACCAAUUUUGAACAUAAUUUUUAAAAACUCUGGAACUCGGCAUUUGCCUAGAUUCGUUACUCGGAUUGUUCCGGUGUAUUAUCAUUUAAAAUGUCGGUGACGAUUUUCCCACCGUCGGCUCCAACACGGGCAAACUACGAGUCCUUCGGGUAUUUCGGAUAGAAACGUUACCAUAUUUUUUUAUUGUGUUUCCGAGGUAACUAUUUUCAUUCUUACCAUUAAUUAAUUUGUGGCUGGCCGGUAAAACUUGUUGUAUAUAUAAGCCAUGGAUUCGGUCUAUUUUAUCAGUUCGAUAAUAUUCCGACACUCAAAAUGUAGGUUGGGGACGGCUGCAAUAAAGCCAUGUUCCCCUCGUAGUUCGGGUUUCUUCGUUCAAUUAGGCAGUUAACAAACAUCCCUUAUUUAAUAAAAAGUAAAAUACAUCUGGAUACGAGU